GUGAGAGGUCGGGGGUGAGAGAGCGGCGCCCCCGGAACGGGAAGCGGGAGGGGAGUUGCUUCCCAUCCCAUCCCAUCUCAUCCCAUCCCCUGCCGUUGUCCCGCGGAGCGCACGAGGGGUUCCCGCGUGGGCCUGCGCUUCUCCCGACAUGAGCCUGCCCCUGAACCCCAAGCCGUUCCUGAACGGGCUGACGGGGAAGCCGGUGAUGGUGAAGCUGAAGUGGGGAAUGGAGUACAAGGGCUACCUCGUCUCCGUGGACGGCUACAUGAACAUGCAGCUCGCAAACACAGAGGAAUACAUAGACGGUGCGUUGUCUGGACACCUGGGUGAAGUUUUGAUAAGGUGCAAUAAUGUUUUGUACAUCAGAGGUGUGGAAGAAGAGGAAGAAGAUGGAGAAAUGAGAGAAUAGAUGUUUUGUAUUUCUGGAAAUAAACUUUUUUUUUCUUUCUGUUUUUCAUA